AUGUUAUUCAAUAUUUUAAUAUUCAAAAAAUAUCUGACUAUAUUGUAGCCAUCAUCAGAAAAAGUUUUAUCAUCAUAAGAUGAAACAUUUCAAAUUAAGACUUGGUACUCCUAUAAUCAUACAUUAGAAUAUUUAGAGAAAAAACAUGCUAUAUAUUUUAUGAAUAAUAAGAUUCCUGAAAAAAUUAUUCUUAGGUAAUUAAAUGUAACAUCAAUAAAAUAGAGUUGAUUGGUAAGAUCUAAAAUAAGGUUAUAAAUUACUAAACUAAAUUUAAAUACAAAUACUACUUAACAAAGACCAACAUCAACAUCUUCUACAAAACCUAUUAGUUUUUGACUUAAGCUUCGACAAAUAUAUCUAAAACAUAGAUAUUGAAGAUUAUGAAAUAUCUAGAAAAGAUUUAUAUAAUUAGGCUAUGUGUUUUAGAAUAUUAUGAUAAAGAAUAAGAAAAAGAAAAUGAGGAAUGCUAUGAAUAAAAUUCUGAAAUGGAUUCAGAAAAUGAAAUCACAGAUUAAUAAUAUAGGAUAUUGUAUUCAUAAAUAGGUUAUAAUAAUCAAUUGAAUUUAAAUAAAAUGACACCUAGAGAAUAAAAAAAAAUAAAUUAAUUAUGGAACUAAUGUAUUGAAAGAAUUGAGUUGAUUCAGGAGAUAAAGAUUAUAAAUAUGAUGAACAAAAGGAUUACAAACAUUCAGCUCAAAAUUAAUUGGAUAUGGAUGAUAAAGAAAGAUUAUGA